AGGGCGGCACUGGAGAGCGAGCGGGGAAUGAUGGAGAUGGGAUGAGAGAAGUGUCCUGCACUGCAAAUGGCCUCCUGUUUGACAUUUAUUGCUUGCUAGUCUGGAGUCAGCUUUGGUGGAUGAGGAAGGUUGGUGACUCUAAGAUGUUUGAGAGAAUCAAACGAUCUGAUGAAGCUUCUGCUUCUUCAGCACAAGGAAUCCAAAGACAUGGUGUUGAGGGCUCUCCACGACAGGACAGCAGUAGCAGUUUACACAGAAGAGGACAAGAACAUCCUCGGCCUGGAGCAUCCACUGUGCAAAAUAGACAAGGAUACUGCAACUGUUGCCACGUACACUACAGUAAUCUGGAACAGCACAUUUUCAGCUCCCAGCACAGACAUUUUACAACCUACUGUAGGAAUCGUACGGGUACCAGUAGCUUGAUGGAGCGUUUCCUUCAAGAUGUUUUGCAGCAUCAUCCCCACAGAUACCAUGACAGCAGACCAACCUAUGAUGACAUGCCAUUCCCCGUCACUCUGGAGGCUCCUAGGAUUUCUUGCCUGUCCUCAGAAGAGAUGCAGAAAAAGAAGAAUAGUAAGAAACAGGAGAUUUCCAGCAAAGACCAGGAGUCCAUUCGUGAAAUAGGCUCUUCUGUUCCAUGCCUGUCUCGUGAGGGCAUAAAGAAAACUUCUGUUACACAAGCAGGUUUUCAAAAACUUCAGAGAGGCCAGGAACGUGUUCCAGGGAUAUCCCAGCAGUCUGCUGGCAUUUGUAGCGAUAAGAAAUGGGUAAAUCUGAAACAUGCUCGAAUUGCAGGUCAUAGCCAUGAAGGUCAGUCUACAGCUGUGAGCCCUGUACCUCAGCAGUUUUCUCUCAGCCCUACAAGCCACAGUUCCUCUGUUAAUCCUAAAACAGGAAAAAAUGUUAGGGAUUUGGCAACCUCAGAUCUGUUUCUGCGUAGAGGAUGUGAUGAAAGAGCAGUGGAGGUCUGCAGUAGAGAUGUGUUAUUGAACCCACGCUUGAAUCCUGCUCCAGCACUGGUUCACCCAAAAUGCCCUUCAGUUUCUCAUCAGAAUCCUACACACAGCCACAGCAAUUCUUCCUUUAUUACCUCAGGUCAAUCUCUCUCAAAGCGAGAUAGUUUACGAACUCAGGAUGAAACUUUGGUGUCUGAUCUCCAUCUCAGGGAUACUGUGGGUAUCAGCAGCUCCCUAGAUCUUGGGACAUCCCCACAACUAGCAAGAUGCAAAAACAUAAAGACAAACAGAGGUGAUGAAAGUUCAGUGGAUGAAACUAUUGAAGAUGUAAUUGUGAAAUACUGCCAUGAAACUACACCUGAAGAAAUUUAUUUCAAAAAAGAGAAUAAUCCUAGUGUACCUUUUUCAUCACUUCUGGACCAUACUAAUAUAGAGGGCUCUGAAAUGAGUUUUGACUGUGAUGCACCAAUACAGGUAGGAACAGAUUUACCCAAGGCAGCUAUAAAAGAUAUAGAAUUCCUGAAAGAGGUCCAAGUAUGUUUGCAAGACAAAGACUAUGGAACACAGCUCUCUUCUGUUUUAAAAACUGAGUCAUUGGAGAAAAUAGAAGCAGUGAAAAAGGAUGUUGUAGUUCAUACCGAAGAACCAGUUCUUCCAGCCCUGCCUCACGUGCCUCCUUCUUUUGUGGGAAAAACUUGGUCUCAAAUAAUGUAUGAAGAUGAUAUAAAAAUUGAAGAACUUGUGCGUGAUUUCAGGGAAGGUCGUUUUCGCUGCUACUUUAACAGUGAAUCCUCAGCCAAUUGUACAGGGAAGAGAAUGAAGAAAAAGAAGCAGAAGGAUGAAAAAAGGAUCAAUAUUAUUGAGGGUAAUAGAACAGAAAGUGCACCAGUUAAAGCACUGCCAGAAUUUAAUGAUGCUUUAAGUGGUGGUUCUGAUUUUGAUAACCCAUCUUUAGCCUCAGAUACACUAUGCAACCCACAAAUUGUGAAAAUGCCUAGGAAAAGGACAUGGCGCCUGGCUUCAAGGUGUCAGGUGGUUAAAGUCAGCCAUGGCACCCAAACAAGUCUGCUGAACUACCCUGUAGCAAAAAGGAAAAUGUCUAGAAGGGAAUCUGAUCCAGCCGAUCAGAAGGCAAGCAUUGCAUGUCUAGAGAAUGAAAAAACUCCAAACAUGAAAACUAGGCUAUGUGCCCUUAAACUUCCAGAGUCCUAUAGCAAGAUCAUGAGUCCUGUACAGCCCAAGACAGUGGUGUAUGUACUCUCGUGCCCAGAGGUAAAACAGUGCAAAGGUAAACCUAUAGAUAUUCCCAAAAUGAGGAAAAAUCAUCACUCCACAGAUAGCAAGGACUCUGUAAGAUAUAAAUACAAACAGUGUUCUCUCAAAUAUUAUGACCCACUGACAAAUCGAAUUCUGAAAACACCUCCUAAGAAUACAGUUGGAGAAAAGGCCAAAAAGCCCUCUCAUGUUCGACAGCUUUUCAGAAGUCUCAGCUUUGAUGCAAACAUGAAGAAACUAGCUGAUACACAGAGAGAAAGCACGCCAUCAAAGUCACUCAAUUGGUCAGACUUCUGUAGUUCUUCUUCAGCAUCUUUCCUGCCCAAUCGAGAUAAAGGGAAUGAUGCAGUUUCAAGUCAAAAGGCAGAUGGACCAUCUGUUGCCACAGAAAAACCAGAUUGUCUUGCGUCUGAGAACUCUUUUAAACACCUAAUCAUUUCACCUUUGAACUCUGUGAUAGAAGGAGAUUGUAGAUUAAUUCCAUUUAAUAGAAUUACCAAAACUCCUCUGACCUCCAUCAGGAGUGAGUGGUCAGAGAGGGAGACUCCAAAAGCAAUAUGGAAGAGAAAAGAAGGCACUAACAAAGAACCAGUUUUUUCCAGAAAGGCUGCAGGAUCUAAGUCUGUCAGAGGUACUCUUGAGAGGAGAGGAAACAGAGUAACCACAGGCAAACAAACGUCCAGAACUAAAAAACAGCAGAAAGAGGGGAUGAGAAGACAACUUCAGCCUUGUGCCCAGAAAUCUGCUUUCUCCAUCCAUAGGUACCAGACAAGGAAAACUACAGUGGGAAAGCACCCUAAGAAAGAAAAGCCUGAUGCUAAAAAAUUAAAGGUGAGGAGGAAACCAAAAAGGGCCUUUCUGAACUCAACAGUUGUAACAGGGAUUCCUGAAAAAAGGCAGAAAGUCACAUCAGAAUCUUUUCCCGAGAAACCAGAGCAAGCUUCCUCCAAAGUCAGGAGCUGGGAAGUAAGUGGAGAUCGGGGUCAUCCUGGCACUGUGAACCGGCCCUCUAGAAGAACCUCUGCUGUACCAUUACUUCGAAACUGUCUUGUUCUACCAGGAGCAGCACACAGAGAUGUGUCAGAUCAGUAAAUGGCUGAGAAGCAGAGGCAUGUGGUUUCCUGAGGCUUU